CAGUUGUGAAUUCGCUUCAUGCAUAGCCAAUUCAAGGCUCCUCCUUAGUCUCAGCCCCCAUGUGCUUAAAGUGGCCUUUCCUUCGCGUUCUUUUCACUGCCCACUACGUCGUAUUCCUGCAAUCUCUCUCUUCCCCCCCCCCCCCCCCUUUCGCUUUAGUUAUUACCCGAGCUAGUCUUCCUACACAAACAGAAUUGACAGGUAGAGCAAAUCUACCUUUCGCCUUCUCUUUCUACUCUCUCUUUUGUAUCCCACUCUGAAGAUAUAGAUACCCAGCUAAAAAAUGAAGAUUUUAGGAGCUGAUCUGGUCGCGUGAGUCCAACUCGAAUCGCCAAAGGUUCUUUUUACAUAUUCUAUUUAAUCUCCAUAGGCGGAAAAAGGAUUAUCAAUUCAGAAUCAGGUUGCUGCUCCCUGAAACCAGCGAGAGAAGUUAGAUUAGAGGUCAGACACCAGUUUCCUGAUCGUGUUACCAUGAGGGAAUUUCCUUCUUGCUUCGGUGAAAAUGGUGUUCAGGUUGCUGAUUCAUCCUCAUCAAGCACCGCCUCAAGAGCAGCUCAAAAUGUGGUGACUUGUGUCUAUCAGUGUAAAUUUCGCGGCCGUUCUUGCUUAAUCACAGUUUCAUGGACAAAGAACCUGAUGGGUCAAGGCUUGAGUGUUGGAAUAGAUGAUUUACGCAACCAAUGCCUGUGUAAGGUUGAUAUAAAGCCAUGGUUGUUCUCUAAAAGAAAAGGGUCCAAGAAUCUGGAGGUCGAUUCCAGCAAAAUCGACAUAUUUUGGGACCUAAGCUGCGCAAAAUUCGGUUCAGGGCCAGAGCCUUUGGAGGGAUUUUACCUGGCAGUUUUGUUCAAUCACGAGACGGUAUUACUGCUCGGGGAUCUGAAGAAGGAAGCAAACCGGAAGAUUGAGAGUGACUAUGCUCGCUCCGAUGCAGUUUUCAUAGCAAAGAGAGAGCACAUUUUUGGGAAGAAGUUUUACGGAGCAAAGGCUCAAUUUUGUGACAAGGGGCAAGUGCACGACGUGACGAUAGAGUGCGACACAGUGGGGCUUAAAGAUCCUUGUUUGGUGAUACGAAUUGACAGUAAGAUGGUGAUGCAGGUGGAGAGACUGAAGUGGAAGUUCAGGGGCAACCAUACCAUAUUGGUGGAUGGUGUUCCAGUGGAAGUGUUUUGGGAUGUACAUAACUGGCUGUUUGGGAAUGCCAUGGGCAAUGCAGUGUUUAUGUUUCAGAGCUGCAUUCCCACUGAGAAGCUAUGGCCAGGCCACUCUGUUUCGGAUCCUUCUGUCUUGAAAUGGGCUUACUCUCAACAUUUUAGAGAUUCCCAGUUGCAAGGCCUUGGAUUCUCUCUCAUUUUGUAUGCUUGGAAGAAUGACUAGUCAAUAAAUACAUAUACAAAGGGAGAGUUGUUAUAUUCUCAUUGUCAAGUCUCGAAACUGAUUUUACCAGGCAUAGAUUUCAAUUAUGAUGUGACCACAUUACAUGAUGAUACUGCUAUAGUGUAGUCCUUCCUUUCUUCUUUCCUUUGUCUCUGCAUGCCACUUUUCGAUCACAUCCAUGCCUGUCCUGCCCUUCAAUCCUAAGAUAAUUUAGCAAUGUAGUAUUUUUCAUGUAUGAAUUCCAUAUUCUGCUUAAGCACGAGCUUUAUACUGAUGAAUUCUCUUUUACAUUUGUACAUGGUGUUGGUGAUGAACUCCCGCAAAAGAAGCCAACUCAAAAAUUUUGUUUUCUCUUGGAUCUGCUGCUGCUGUUAGCCCCUGCUUGCUGAUUAGUCUAUAUUAAAGAGAUCGAAAUUUACAUGCCUUGGUCCGCAAUGCCCGGAAAAUCGAUUUCCUUUCAUUCAAGUGAAUACACAAUCUUCUGCCUCUUUAAGGAUUCGGAUUUUCCUACAUCAUUGUAAAAGCUACUUAAAAGUCUGGUCUGAUGUCGGAUAAGGCCGAUAAAGAGCAAUUAUAGCUCGAGAAGAAAAGCAAGAUAAUUCAAGAUAAAGCUCCUGAGAAAUAAUACCAGCUUCCUUACAAAGGAAGGGAUGGCUCUUCCAUGACAACGAGACUAAAGCCCUUUGCCUCUAAAGUCAAGAACAAAAGUGAUAGAAGCGAUAACAGCUUAGUCGUCCACUAUUGGUAGCGUGGGACUGAGCGUGUGUAGCCUAGACAAGAAGCAGUCAUAAGCUUUUUAAUCAAUAUUGUUGGAAGAGAGGCCCGUAA